CACAAUCUGUAACAUAUUCUUUUUCUGUAGUUCCAUACAUCCCGAAGCGAGCUGAUAAGGAAACCGCUAAUUUAAGAAUGUCCGUCAUUAACAACUCAAAGACGUUGCUCACGCGGAAAUUGUUCUCGCACGCAAGGCCGCUGUCCAAAGACUCCUUCGUAAGGAUAGUCGAAGUAGGACCAAGAGAUGGUCUACAAAAUGAGCCGAAGACAGUUCCAUCCGACGUGAAGAUCAGCCUCAUCGACAGGUUGUCAGAUACUGGAUUGAAAACAAUCGAAGUCACAAGCUUCGUCAGUCCGAAAUGGGUACCGCAGAUGGGCGACAAUGCCGCCGUCUUUUCUGGUAUCAAGAGGAAAGCUGGUAUAUCGUAUCCCGUAUUAAUUCCUAACGUCAAAGGACUGGAAGCUGCCUUAAAAGUUGAAGGGAUUGAAGAGAUCGCGGUGUUCGCUUCAGCAUCGGAUGGGUUCUCCAAGAAAAAUGUUAACUGUACUGCUGAAGAAGGAGUACAAAGAAUCAAGGGCGUCAUAGACGCAGCAAAAAAUCACAAUUUACGUAUCAGAGGAUAUGUAUCUUGUGUGGUUGGAUGUCCUUAUGAUGGCCCUGUUCAUCCAUCUUCUGUUACUAAAGUAUCUGAGGCCUUAUUAGAAAUGGGUUGCUAUGAAAUUUCUUUGGGUGAUACAAUUGGUGUGGGCACCAAACAAACAGUACAUGCUAUGAUCAAAGACUUGCUAAGUAUCACCACUCCAGAUAAACUUGCCAUUCAUUGUCAUGACACCUAUGGCCAAGCACUAGUUAACAUUUGCACUGCUCUUGAGCUUGGUAUCAGGGUUGUGGAUUCCUCAGUCUCUGGCCUUGGUGGAUGUCCAUAUGCAAAAGGAGCCACUGGAAAUGCCUCCACUGAAGAUGUAGUUUAUAUGCUCAAUGGCAUGGGCAUGAACAAUGGAAUAGAUCUGAAAAAACUGGUAGAAGCAGGCAAUUAUAUAUCUGAGGCACUGGGCAAGCCAACAGCUUCUAGAGUAAACAAAGCUUUAUACCAAAAAUAUAACCUGUAACUGUGUUCAAUAUACUUUAUAUUUCACAAUACUUACAUUGCAAGUAAUACAUACCAUAUAGUCAAUCAAUAA